AUGUCAAAGUCAGGGAAUCUAGCACAACUGUCCUCGAUCCUCAAUUCGAACGAAACCGCUACAAUAUACUACGCUGAAGAUGCGCCAUACCUACCUCGAAUAUUGAUCUUCUACUGGCCAGUCCAAGCUGUCGGCUCUCUAAGUUCAGCAUCGAGAGUCAGAACCACAAUACUAAGUGCUGCUGGUUUCAGGAGUUUCAGUGCCUUCUCGGUCGCCCCAAGCAGCAGCUACUACUCAGCCGUGCAUAAGUUGCCAGACGAGAAACAACGGGACGAUGUUUGCAGAGCUCUCGCAUUUGCUCUCUGCAGGUAUUUCUCUGAAGUACCUACAGAGGUCAAAAAUGCGAUCACGGAGGAGAAUCUCAGAGAAGGACCAGGCUUGAAAUGGGGUCAGACUCAUGCAGCGCAGGUGGCAUGUAAGAUGAGCAAGGUCAUAAAUGCAGAUGAGAUAAUCGAUGCUUUGCGUCCAUUUUCUAAAGAACAACCAGCUACACCUGCUCCUCCGCCCGUGAUGAGACCGGUAGCAUCUAUAAGAAAAACUCGCCCAUCGUAUCUUCCUGCAGACCCCAAUCAGACAUCUUUAGGCUUCGGCAGAUUCGCAACGCCCUCGAAACGAAUACCCAGUGGGCACAAGCGCUCACCUUCAGCAUCGAUGAUGAAGAAGGCCGCAAUUACUGCCGCCCACAAACAGAACGUCGAAGAACUUGAAGCACUGCGGUUCAAGAUGUGUGAGCUUGUGGAUACUGAGGAUCGGUACAUAAUAAGAGUACAAGAGCUUAUCGAUCUAGUGAUCGCACAAGGUAGAACCGCAAAGUCGAUAAGCAACCAAAUCAAAGACCUAAACCUGGCUUUCCUCGAUGAUGUCGAGUCAGUCCUGCAAUCGACAGAAGACCAGGCAUUGGGUUUCAUUGAGCAAUCGCCUGUACAGCAAAGUGCUGCGGCAACACAACCCAAGGAUCCUAUUGGCAUCCUAGCUUUUGCCAAAGUGCUUCUGAACCAUUUCCCUAAGUUUCCAGUCCCAUACCGUUCCUAUCUCGACCUGCACUCUCAGAUCAGCUCAAAUCUCGAUCAAUUCUUCAAGGACGAUGCGACGUCAGUCCAGAUAGCACCAAGUUUACUCAUGGAACCAGCUCAGCGCAUCAGUCGAUACGGUCUAUACAUUGACAACAUGAUUCCUCAAAUCCCACCUAGCAGCACACUAGCCAUCCGAACCCUCGAGAAAGCCCGAAAAAUCAUAGCCGAAAUCUGUGAGAUGGAACCAGCAGCUUCUACCAUCCUUGACUCUCUACGCAUCGAGCACGAAGCCAAAAAGCGAUCACUCUCCCCCACCAAGCUCAUCUCCGGCCUGACACGCGCAAACACCAUCCGCGAAGCCCCAGCAAAGCCACUCGCAACAAGCACAUUCAGCACCUUUAGCUCUAGCUCCCUCCGCGAUAGACACACUCCCAGCCUCCUACCCUCGCUCGGUCGCAGCUUCAGCAAGAAAAACCGCUCCCGCCCGGGCCUAAUCGGCAUCCUCUCAGAGCAAAACCCCGAACAAGCACAAAACCGCUCCACCUCAACCCUGAACGACGAAAACGCCCGUCCCAAAUCAAGCAGCAGCGGCAGCAACAGCAAUACCAACGGCCUCUACAACGCCCUCUCCUUCGGCCGCAAAUUCCGCCCAGACACCUCAUCAUCAGCAGCAUCAGCCACAUCCCGCCCAGGCAGUAAAGGUCUACCCCUCGCAGACCUCCACGAAAACCAAGCUACCCAGUCUUACUACCACUACACCAACAACAGUAAUAACAACGACUCCUCAACCCUCGACGAGAUCAACAAUACUACUACCACCAGCCAGUCUCAGUCCCAGCCCUUGACCGAAGAGGAGAGGAACAAGCCCCGCGACCGCAGUAGUUCAGGGAACAUCGAGCACUAUAAAGCGCAGGUUAUGAGGCUGGAGCAGGAGAAUUAUAAGUUGCUGGCAGAGAACGCGGAGUUGAAGAGGGCGGCGAGGGAGUGUCGUUGCCGGUAG